AUGAUCCGUUGGAUGGAGAAGCCAAGCAAUCGCGCCAUCUAUCUUGGCGAGUCAACAGCUGGAAAUGGCAUGGCCCAUGGAACUGGGGUGACGAAGCUGUCUGAUUUUGCUAGCAUGGCGGAGUAUGUUCACAACUACAGGAUGAAGAACGAUCCUGCGGACCCUCGACACACGAGCAAAUGGGACAAGAAAACCUGCCAGAGUCGCUGGAAUUCGCGGUUCCGGCGCUACAAAGCUACCCGUGGGCGCGUGAUGAAACAGACUGGGUUCGGGAUAACCCAAGAGAUGAUGAUGCGUGACUUUCAGGUUGAAGAUUUGAUUGAGAAGGCAUGCCCAUUUUACGAGCGAAUGGAUGCAAUGUUUUGGGAGCAGGCAAACAUCAAGCCAGUCUCUUAA